AUGGUCAAAAUCGCAAUCGUAGGAGGAGCAGGCAACGUUGGAAGAGAAGUUGUUGACGCCCUGCUCUCCAGAAACAAGCAUGAAAUCAUCAUCCUCUCCCGAAAGGACGCCGCCCAGAAGGAAGUCGCCCCAGGAGUCAAAUGGUUCAAAUCAAACUACGAAAGUGUCGAUGAACUUGUCAAGGUUUUCGAUGGAGUGCACACUGUGCUAUCUUUCAUCUCCGUCCCGGCUGGAGAUACGACUGCAUGGCCUGCCCAGAGGAAUUUGAUUGAUGCAGCUGUCAAAGCUGGAGUUAAGAGAUUUGCGCCCAGUGAAUGGUCUUCAUCUAAGCUUGAUCAUCUUCCUUGGUAUGACUUUAAGCGGGAGACUCUGGCUAACUGUGGGCUUCAGGUCAUCGAGUACACGCUCUUACAAUAUGGCUGGUUCACCAACUACAUGACCUACCCAUACAAGUCAUCCAAGCAUAUUACGAUGUUCGAAACACCCGUUAACUUCAACGCUUGCCGCGCAACCCUCGUCGACGAUGGCGAAGCUCUCGUGACUCUGACUACGGUCCAGGACGCUGCCAAGGUCACUGCGCUAGCUAUCGAGUAUGAGGGAGAAUGGCCUCUUGUAGGCGGUGUCAGAGGUUCAUACAUGACCAUGAACGAGCUAGUAGCUCUGGGAGAGAGAAUUAGAGGUAAACCCUUCACUGUCGAGAAGUUAAAGACCAAUGACCUUCUCGCUGGUAAAGUCAAUACUUCUUGGAUCCCGAAGAUGGACCAUCCCUCUAUCCCUAUAGAGGUCCGUGAGGAGCUUGCGGCAUUCUAUUGGAAGGGAUGUCUUCUUGCAUUCGGAGACAGCGCUUUUCAUGUCUCUGAUGAGUGGAAUACGCUGUUGCCUGAUUACAAGUUUACUCAGCCUGAGGAGUUUUUGACUGAAGCUUGGGCAAAGAUUGGGUUUGGUGAGAAGGAGGUCUUUCAGGAUUAUUAG